UUAUCAAAAGGAAAUCACAAGGGUUUGUUUUUGGGGGGCUAUAGCACCUGCGUUUUCACCAGCGCCCUGUGCUCUGUAAUUGUAGGAGUGAAAUCGGGGUUGGUUGGGUUGUGGGUGUGGGUCGGCAUCACAGGAAAAUAUGGUUGCCGAGAUGAAUGUCCGUGAAUUGUCAAUCUCUAAGAAUGACCGUACUUCAAUGCCUGCCAGUGCCAAUUCCAAACUCCUUACUUUGCCUACCAUUUUAACUCUUGGCCGUGUUGCCGCUGUACCUCUUCUUGUUGCCACCUUCUACAUGGAUGGUUGGCGAGGAACAGUCGUUACUACAAGUAUCUUCACCGUUGCAGCUGUUACCGAUUGGCUCGAUGGCUAUAUUGCUCGUAAGUUGAAAAUGAAAUCUACAUUUGGUGCAUUUUUAGAUCCUGUAGCUGACAAGCUUAUGGUUUCUGCCACAUUGGUCUUAUUAUGUACUAGACCUUUGGAAGUUGCUGUGUUUGGACAACUACCAUGGCUAUUGAUUAUUCCUUCAAUCACCAUUAUUGGUAGAGAGAUAACCAUGUCAGCACUCAGGGAAUGGGCUGCUUCCCAAGGUAGCAAGCUUCUAGAGGCUGUUGCAGUUAAUAAUUUGGGGAAGUGGAAAACAGCCACACAGAUGGCGGCAUUAAUCAUUCUCCUUGCUACUCGGGACUGCGGUCAUGGAGGACCUGCCAUUUUGGUAGGAUCUGGUGUUGUCUUGCUUUACAUUUCAGCAGGGCUCGCCUUAUGGUCAUUUGUAGUAUAUAUGAAGGAAAUAUGGAAGGUGUUGCGGAGGUAGCAUUGUUGAUGGGGCUCUCUGCGUUCAGAUAGAUCCACUUCUUUGGUGGGUUUGAUUCUUUUGAUCAUUUCUUUUGUAAACAGUUUAGAGAUUCCAUGGAAGGGAAUGCAGUCCUCAUGACAAUUAUGUGUAAUGUCUACUCUACACAAUGUCUAACUGAUGAAAGCAGCAUUUCAACUAUCUUGAUAAUUGUAUUGAAUCUUUUCCCUUAAUCAGCCGAGGUAAAGGUACGACAAAAGAAAAGAAAAGAUAACAUGUGGAUUGGAUUGGAAGAAUUCACGCGGAUUGAAUUCCUAACUACAGUUUGGAGCCUAUAAAAAUUUGCUGCCGGGGAAAGAAGAAUCAUUGUAUGGUUGUAGUUGACUCUUAUCUGGUCAUUAUUUGACAAUACUUAAAUACGACAGUUAUUUGUAUGUUCAAUAUGCCUUGCCAUUUGACCUUA